AUGCCUGAUAUCCGAUCAUUCUUCGCGCCAAAAGGUGGUGCUGCCCCCAAACCUGCGGCCCCCAAACCAGAGCCACCGGCGGCCAAGGGCAAACGAGGAAAAGGCCGGAAAGUUGUUGAAGAUAGUGAUGAUGAAGUUGUAGAAGAGAAGAAGCCUGCGCCGAAACCGGCGGCAAAGAAAAGGGAGACGGAGCCUAAAGGCGUAGCGAUAUCCGCCGACGACUAUUUUGCUUCAUCGAAAGAUUCCAAACCAGUCAAGGCAUCUCAAACGCCCAAGAAGAGCAGUAGCAAAAUCGUUAUCGAGGCCGAAGUUCCCGUUAGAUCUAGCCCCCGGGCCAAGAAAACCACAGCAAAACCGGCCGCUCCAGAGGAUGAGGAUGAGGACGUAGCUCCUCGAUCGAAAAAGGCCAGGACCUCGUAUAAAGCUCCUCCUGUUGACGAUGAUGACGAUGUGUAUAUGGAUGAUGGCGAUGAGGAUGGAGAUGACAUCUUUGCUGCUGACGCCAAGGGUCGUAAUAAGCGCAAAACCGAUGAUUAUGAGGAGGAAGAAUCAGAAGACGAAGUUCUACCAAAAUCAAAACGACUUGCCUCACGAGGACGACCUGCUUCUGCCAAGAAGACUGAAGAGAAGCCAGCUACCAAGACUGCAUCAGCCAGUAAGAAGCGAAAGUCACCAGAGCAGGAAUCAGAUGACGAAGAAGAAGAGCUACCGAGAAAGAAACCUACAGCUGCAAGCAAACCUCGAGCACCAAGGGCAAAGAAGGCAGACGAACCCGAAGAUGAGGACAUUCAGAACAUUCUUGACAGCGUAGCCACCGUGAGAGCGCCAACACCACCACCAAAAGAUCCCAAUGCGAAAUUCGACUGGAGAAAAGCUGCCUCAGGGGGGGGUAAUGCCGCUGCGGCGCCUACCCUUCCAGCCGGCGAGCUUCCAGAAGGCGAAGAGGAGUGUCUCAGUGGAUUGACUUUUGUUUUCACUGGCGUGUUGCAAACCAUUGGUCGCGAUGAGGCUCAAGCACUGGUGAAGCGAUAUGGCGGCAAAGUUACUGGCCAACCCAGUAGCAAGACAAGCUUUGUCGUGCUUGGAGGAGAUGCUGGGCCAUCCAAACUAGCCAAAAUCAAGGCAAACGGCAUCAAGACAAUCGAUGAGAAUGGCCUCUUUGACCUGAUCCGCAAGCUUCCAGCAUUUGGCGGCACCGGCAAGGGUGCUCAGAAGGCGCAAGAAAAGAAGAAAGCGGAAGAGGAAAAGGUGAAGCAGCAAGUUGCUGAAAUGGAGGCAGAAGAAAAAGCAAAGAAGCUAGAAGCGGAGAAAGCAGCGAAGAAAUUGGCUGCAUCCCGAGGCUCAACAAGCAGUGCACCCGUUGAGCCUGCGAAGGCACCUGAUAUGCUUCUUACUUCUAAAUACGCCCCGACACAGUUGAAUCACAUAUGCGGCAAUAAGGCGCAGGUGGAAAAGAUCCAGAAUUGGCUUCGAAACUGGCCAAAGUCCAAGAAGUACAAUUUUCAGAAACGUGGCGCUGAUGGCAUGGGAGGCGAGCGAGCCAUCAUUAUCUCUGGCCCUCCCGGCAUUGGAAAAACUACAGCAGCACACCUGGCGGCUAAGCUCGAAGGUUACGAUGUAUUGGAGAGCAAUGCUAGUGACACACGUAGCAAGAAGCUUGUCGAGGCCGGCGUUAGCGAUGUUAUGAACAACACGUCCCUGCUGGGAUUUUUUGCAGGAGAUGGAAAAUCUGUGGAUUCCACCAAGAAGAAGAUCGUGCUCAUCAUGGACGAAGUUGAUGGUAUGUCGGCUGGUGAUCGCGGCGGAGUUGGCGCCCUGGCCAAAUUCUGCAGGAAGACGGAGGUGCCGUUGAUCCUCAUCUGCAACGAGCGAAGACUGCCAAAGAUGAAGCCUUUCGACCACGCUGCGUUUGAUAUAAGAUUCAACCGUCCGACGGUCGACCAAGUCCGCUCUCGAAUCAUGACUAUCUGCCAUCGAGAAGGCCUGAAACUGCCUCCUCCAGUUGUUGAUGCUCUCAUUGAGGGUAGUAACAAAGAUAUUCGCCAAAUUAUCAACAUGAUUUCUACGGCAAAACUCGACCAAUCGUCCAUGAGCUUUGACCAAACCAAGGCCAUGUCAAAAGCCUGGGAAAAGCAUGUUGUCUUGAAACCUUGGGAUAUCUGCCAAAAGAUGCUUGCUGGUGGCCUAUUUGCACCCUCUAGCAAAGCAACGCUCAAUGACAAGAUUGAACUGUACUUCAAUGAUCACGAGUUCAGUUUCCUCAUGAUUCAGGAGAACUACCUUCGCACCAAGCCCAUGGCCCUGAGCGCAGAAAGCAUUAGCGACGGCGACUUGGUGGACCGCAUGAUUCAUGGACCGCAACAGCACUGGAGUCUGAUGCCUACACAUGCUGUUUUUAGUACUGUGCGACCUGCCAGCUUCAUUGCUGGCCAGUUGAUGGGAUCCAACUUUACUUCCUGGCUUGGAAAUCACAGCAAAACUGGAAAAUUGGGCCGGUAUAUUCGGGAAAUCCACUCUCACAUGCGACUCAAGUCAUCGGGAGAUCACAACGAAGUUCGACAAGAGUACCUGCCGCUACUGUGGUCUCAAACGGUGGAUCGAUUGCAGAAAGAGGGGAAUGAAGCAGUGGGAGAAGUUAUUGAGCUGAUGGACAGCUAUUACCUCACUCGGGAAGACUUUGACGCCAUCCAAGAGCUUGCAGUUGGUCCCAUGAAUGAGGAGAACGUCACUAUUGAGACCAAGACGAAGGCUGCUUUCACUCGAACAUACAAUGGCAUGACUCAUCCAUUACCAUUCAUCAAAGCCACCAAUGUUUUUGCACCGAAGAAGCAGACCAAAGAUGCGCCAGACUUGGAAGAAGCCAUUGAGGAAGAAGACGACGCCGAGCUGCUGGAGGCACCAGAUGCUGAUGAGGAUGACGAAGUUGACCUCAAGAAAGACAAAUACAUCAAACAGCCCAAGGUCAAGAAGCCAACAAAGAAGGCGACAAAGGUCGACACUGGAGAUGACGACACUACAGACUCGAAGCCAAAGGGCCGCGCCAAGGCCAAGGCAUCCGGAGCAAAGGGAAAGGCAAAGAAAUAA